CGGCGCGACAACGAGCGGCAAGGAAGUUUCUUCCGACCACCUAUGAAAGUGAAAAUUAACAGCUGCAGUGUAGAUGAGUUGGACAGCGUGGAUCCUGGCCUCCUAUGAUAUGAGCCUCCUUCUACUGUAAGCAUGCGUGGAAUUCAUCAAAAAAUUUCUCCCUUUUUUUGUCGUGGACUGCAUAAACUAUCACAUGAUGGUCCGAGUGAAACCUUGAAAAGGAAAAUUGCUGAGUCAGAGAAGAAGAGGAAAACAAGAAAUCCCAGGAAGAAUAAGUUGCUUGUGGAUGUUCCUGAGUCCAAAAAGUUCCUUGAUACAGCAACCACGCAAAUGAUACUCAGUGUUGUUGUGGGGACUGCUCUCUUUGCUAAGCUCUUCAUGAUGUAUGAUGACUCCACAGAACAGGAAAGGAUUGAGCGAAAGAUAAAGGAGACCCCUGGCCUGGGCAGUGUAAGGAUGCUCACUCGUGAAGAGUGGGAUGCAAUUCAAGAAGUGAGACCAAGGACACCAUUUGAAUCAAAGAUAGCACGGCCCAAUGAAAAAAUACGAACUGGGGAGCCACUUCAUAGGAGAAGAGAGGGAGAGAGUGCCGAGAGAGAGAGGGAGGGAGAGUGA